CCUCUAGCCCACCAACCAGAGUUAGGUGAAAAGGAGGUUUAUAGGAAAAGGGGAUUGUGGACCUGUUUAAUAGUAGUUCUUUAGGGUGAUUCCACUCUUGUCAGGAUACCAGCACUUCAGUGCAAUAGCAAACACCAAAUGCAGAUUAGAAGCUGGAGCUCGAUCCAGCAGAAAUCACAAGGCUUCUGAGUCUGCCUGAGUUAGUGGAAGCAGCAAGAACCAGCCGAAAUCCCAUGAGUUCUUUAGCGCAUUUCUCUCUACGAAGUGAAGACCAGUGAAGACCAUCUAAGCAUUGCAUGGCCAUGGAAGGCCUAGCAAUGCAAGCGGUCCUUCCACUGUUGGUGGGGUUCUACUUAGGCCCUUUCCAAACAUCACGUGCACUCUGAAGCAUCUGCUCCAUCAAAACAUCACAUGCCAUUCACAUGUCUGCUUCAGCAAAACAUCCUCUCACAGGACAACUCUAGAAAAACGUCACAUGACACAACUGGUUUUUUCAGAGAAACCAGAAAUUCACUCUCGCUUGUGUCAGUCUGACGUAGAGCUACUCAGCACAGGGACAUUUUAUAUCUAAACCCUGACACAACCUAGGAAACAAGUAAAGCGGCUUGAAAAGGAAUUCUAUUGGCUAGGAAAGAGGAAGGAAUCCUCUCUCCCUUCCCCUCCCCCUCUCCCUUGAUAGCCUCACUAUAUAUCCUUGGCUAACCCAGAUCUCACUAUGUAGACCACCCUGGCCUUGAGUUUAGACUCCCCCUGCCUAGCCACCUGAGUGCUGGGAUUAAAGGUUCCAGUAUGACAAGGAACCAAUCUUAAACCAGGCAUGUUGGAUACCCACUGCUUGGAAAGCCAAGGAGGAAGAUUCCUGAGUCUAGAACAGCUUGGGCUCCUAUGUCUUUCUCUACCCUCUUUUUACUCCUCCAAUUCAUUUCUGUAACUAUACCUGGGUUGCUUUGUUUUUCUUUGUGGUGCGGGGCAUUAAACCCAAGUUCUGAGCAAACAAUACAAGUAUUCUACCAUUGAGCUAUUCCCUUAUUCCUAGCUUGUGGUUCUAAAUGAUUCUACAGCUUCCUCUUGUAUUAAGGAAUUAAAACAAAGCAAGUCAGGGCAGAGAUGGAGCUCAGUGGUAAAAUGGUAUGGAAGUCAGAGGACAAUUCUUGGCUGUUCUCCCUUGACAUUUCAUGGGAUCAAGGGAUUAAAUUCAGGUCCUCUGUCCUGGUCUGUAAUGGGAUCUUUUUUUUUUUUUUUAAGAUUUAUUUAUUUAUUAUAUGUAAGUACACUGUAGCUGUCUUCAGACACUCCAGAAGAGGGCGUCAGAUCUUGUUACAGAUGGUUGUGAGUCACCAUGUGGUUGCUGGGAUUUGAACUCCAGACCUUCGGAAGAGCAGUUGGGUGCUCUUACCCACUGAGCCAUCUCACCAGCCCUGUAAUGGGAUCUUAUGCCCUCUUCUGGUGUGGCUGAAGACAAUUACAGUGUACUCAUAUACAUAAAAUAAAUAAAUAUUUUUUUUUAAAAAGUCAAUUAAAUGUUGUUGGGUUUUUUUUUUUUUUUUUUUUUGGACAGCAUUUCUCUGUGUAGCCCUAGCUGUCCUGGGAACUUGCUCUUUUUUAUUUAUUUAUUUAUUUAUUUAUUUAUUAAUUAAUUAUAUGUAAGUACACUGUAGCUGUCUUCAAACACUCCAGAAGAGGGAGUCAGAUCUCCUUACGGAUGGUUGUGAGCCACCAUGUGGUUGCUGGGAUUUGAACUCCGGACCUUCGGAGGAGCAGUCGGGUGCUCUUAGCCACUGAGCCAUCUCACCAGCCCCCAGGAACUUGCUCUUUAGACUAGGCUGGCCUUGAACUCAAUGAUCCUCCUGUCUCCCAAAUACUAGGACUAAAGGCAUGUGCCACCACUGCCCUGCCUUAAUUUUUUGUUAAAUUCGUGACUCAAAUAUCUCAUCCUAUUUAACAUUAACAAACAAACAAAUCUCAAAGGAAAAUUAAAGAUCUGGCAGUUAACUAAAACAUGUAACACCAGUUGCUGGAAAGGUGGGUCAUCAGUUAAGAACACUUGUAACUUCCGAAGGACUGGAGUUUGGUUCCUAGCACUUAUAUCUAAAGGUUCACAACUACCUGUAAUCCCAGCUCUAGGGGAAUCAAUUUCUCUUACCUCUAUUUCAACUCACAAUCACAAAUCUAUAUUUGUAUACAUAAUUUAAAAGAUCAAAGUUUGUGGGUUUUUUUUUGUUGUUGUUGUUUUGUUUUGUUUUUCUGAGACAGGGGUUUCUCUGUGUGGCCCUGGCUGUCCUGGAACUCACUCUGUAGACCAGGCUGGCUUCGAACUCCCAAGUGCUGGGACUAAAGGCAUGUGCCACCACUGCCGGACAAAAUUUUUUUUUUUUUUUGGAAACAAGAUCUCACUAUGAAGCCUUGGCUGUGUUGGAAUUCCUUACAUAGAUUAGGUUGCCUCAACAGCUUCUGCCUUUGGAGUGCUGAAACAGGUGUGCUGUCUUAGAACUAGCUCUGUAAAACAUUCUGGGUUCAAAUCCAGGGAGACCAGUCUGCCUCCUGAGUGCUGAGAUUAAAGGUGUGUGCUAGGACUGGAGAGAUGGCUCACCGGUUAAAGAGCACUGGCUAUUCUUGGAGAGGAACAAACUAUCUGUAGUUCUUGUUCCAAGGGUUCAGACACCCUUACACAGACAUACAUGCAGACAAGAUACCAAUGUACAUGAAAUACAACUAAAUAAAUUAUAAAGGUGUGUGCCAUCAUACCCAAGUUAUUUUUUUUUUAAGAUUUAUUUAUUUAUUAUAUGUAAGUACACUGUAGCUGUCUUCAGACACUCCAGAAGAGGGCGUCAGAUCUUGUUACAGAUGGUUGUGAGCCACCAUGUGGUUGCUGGGAUUUGAACUUCAGACCUUUGGAAGAGCAGUCGGGUGCUCUUACCCACUGAGCCAUCUCACCAGCCCCCCCCAAGUUAUUUUUUAAAGGAACCCACUUAUUUCUAUUUAUCCAUUUUUAGUUCUUUUUUUUUUUUUUCAUUUUGUGUGAAUAAAUGCUUUACCUACAUCCAUGUCUGUGCACCAUAUGCAUGCCUGGAGCUUAACGAAGUGGUGAGGCGCCUUGUGGGUGCUGGGAAUUGAAACAGGAUCCUUUGCAAGAAUAACAAGUGCUCCUAACCUCCUAGCGAAUUUUCCAGCCACAUUUACUUUUAUUUAAUGUGUAUGAGUGUAUCUGCAUACAUAAAUGUGUACCAUGUGUGUGCCUAGUGGCUCUGGUGGUCACAGGAAGGCAUUGAUUGAAUGCCCUUGAACUGGAGUUACAAAAGGUUGUAAAAGAAGGCGUGUGUGGUGCUGCUCACCUGUAAUCCCAGCCCUCGCAAUCACAGGCAGGCAGAUGUCUGUGGGUUAGAGAUCAGUGGGUCUAAAUAGCAAGUUUCAGGCUAGCCAGGGAUAGACUGUAAGUCCCUACCUAAUAUAUAUGAAAGAAAAAAAAAGAGAGACAGCUAAAAUAUUUAAAGUGUUUUAAGUACAGGAUUUAACUUAACAACUUGGACGUGGGUAAAGUAAGAUGAUGGCAGCAACGGAUUGGAUCAGUCAAAGGCGGUGGAUCUAAACACCCGCAUCCCUUUGCCCCUCUAAGAGUUUUGAAUCAAGCGCGAUAGUUUUAUCUGUAGCCAAUCCUAGAGCAGCAUCUUGUUUCGUCAGUAGUUGCUGAGGCCCAGAGCCACGCGUCUGUCUGGUCAGUUCUAGCCGUUGCUGCUGUACUCGUGCUCAGCUCUUGCGUUUCCAUCCGUUAAGACUGAGAGGACAUAGGGAAUACCUGUCACCUUCUCGGGUAUCCCCGUCAGAAAGACACCUUCGGGACUACUUUUUCCACAGUCGCAGAGACUCACUGGCUCCACUUAAUUGUGGAAUCUCUAGGCUGGCUCCCAUUCAGAAGUUGUAGCAGUGUUCUGCCCACUGGCCCACCACCUCAGGGGAACGAUGGCCACAGAGUCUACAGCCGCUGCUGCCAUCGCCGCGGAGCUGGUUUCCGCUGACAAAAUUGAAGAUGCUCCUGCUCCUUCUACCUCGGCAGAUAAAAUGGAGAGUCUGGAUGUGGAUAGUGAAGCUAAGAAACUACUGGGAUUAGGACAGAAACAUCUGGUGAUGGGUGACAUUCCAGCAGCUGUUAAUGCAUUCCAGGAAGCAGCUAGUCUUUUAGGUAAGAAGUAUGGAGAAACGGCUAAUGAGUGUGGAGAAGCCUUCUUUUUUUAUGGGAAGUCACUUCUGGAGUUAGCCAGAAUGGAGAAUGGAGUGUUGGGAAAUGCCUUAGAAGGAGUGCAUGUAGAAGAGGAAGAAGGAGAAAAAACAGAAGAUGAAUCUUUGGUAGAAAAUAAUGAUAAUGUAGAUGAGGAAGCAAGGGAAGAGUUGAGAGAACAGGUUUAUGACGCCAUGGGAGAAAAAGAAGCCAAAAAAGCAGAAGGCAAGUCUCUGACAAAGCCUGAAACUGAUAAAGAACAGGAAAGUGAAGUGGAGAAGGGUGGAAGAGAAGACAUGGAUAUAAGUGAGCCUGAAGAGAAGCUCCAGGAAACAGUUGAACCGACUUCAAAGCAGUUAACUGAAUCCUCUGAAGAGGCAAAAGAAGCAGCAAUACCAGGACUGAAUGAAGAUGAGGUCGCUUCUGGGAAGACAGAGCAGGAAUCAUUGUGUACUGAGAAAGGAAAAUCAAUUUCAGGAGCUUAUGUUCAAAAUAAAGAAUUCAGAGAAACAGUGGAGGAGGGAGAGGAAAUAAUAAGCUUAGAGAAAAAGCCAAAAGAAACUUCAGAAGAUCAGCCUAUCAGGGCUGCAGAAAAGCAGGGCACUUUAAUGAAGGUGGUAGAAAUAGAAGCUGAAAUAGACCCUCAAGUCAAGUCAGCGGAUGUGGGAGGGGAGGAGCCAAAAGAUCAGGUAGCUACCUCUGAGAGUGAACUAGGUAAGGCUGUUCUUAUGGAACUGUCAGGGCAAGAUGUUGAAGCAUCACCAGUCGUGGCUGCAGAGGCCGGAGCUGAAGUCUCUGAGAAGCCAGGGCAGGAGAUUACAGUUAUUCCCAACAAUGGUCCAGUUGUUGGACAAUCAACUGUAGGAGAUCAGACUCCUAGUGAACCACAGACUUCUGCAGAAAGACUGACAGAAACUAAAGAUGGCUCAAGUGUAGAGGAGGUCAAGGCAGAGCUGGUUCCUGAACAGGAGGAAGCUAUGCUACCUGUAGAAGAGUCUGAGGCAGCUGGAGAUGGGGUUGAGACCAAGGUAGCCCAGAGGGCCACGGAGAAAGCACCUGAAGACAAAUUUAAGAUAGCUGCUAAUGAAGAGACACAAGAGAGAGACGAACAGAUGAAAGAGGGUGAAGAAACUGAAGGCUCAGAGGAAGAGGACAGAGAAAAUGACAAGGCUGAAGAAACACCAAAUGAAUCAGUUCUUGAAAAAAAGUCUCUUCAAGAAAAUGAAGAGGAGGAGAUAGGGAAUUUGGAACUUGCCUGGGAUAUGCUGGAUUUAGCCAAGAUCAUUUUUAAGAGGCAAGAAACAAAAGAAGCCCAGCUUUAUGCUGCACAAGCCCAUCUUAAACUUGGAGAAGUUAGUGUUGAAUCUGAGAAUUAUAUCCAAGCUGUGGAGGAGUUUCAGGCUUGCCUAAGCCUGCAAGAACAAUAUUUGGAAGCUCACGAUCGUCUCCUUGCAGAGACUCACUACCAAUUAGGUUUGGCCUAUGGUUACAACUCUCAGUAUGAUGAAGCAGUAGCACAGUUUGGCAAAUCUAUCGAUGUCAUUGAAAAGAGAAUGGCUGUACUCCAUGAGCAGAUGAAGGAGGCCGAAGGAUCGUUUACUGAAUAUGAGAAAGAAAUUGAGGAGCUGAAAGAACUGCUACCUGAAAUUCGAGAGAAGAUAGAAGACGCAAAGGAAUCUCAGCGGAGUGGGAAUGUAGCCGAACUGGCACUGAAAGCUACUCUGGUGGAGAGCUCUACUUCCGGUUUCACUCCUAGUGGAGCUGGUGCCUCAGUAUCCAUGAUUGCCAGUAGAAAACCAACAGAUGGCGCUUCCUCAUCAAAUUGUGUGACUGAUAUUUCCCAUCUUGUCAGAAAGAAGAGGAAACCAGAGGAAGAGAGUCCCCGGAAGGAUGAUGCAAAGAAAGCUAAACAAGAGCCAGAGGUGAAUGGAGGCAGUGGGGAUGCUGUCUCCAGUGGAAAGGAAGUUUCAGAAAACAUGGAGGCCGAGGCUGAGAAUCAGGCUGAGAGCCAAACAGCAGAGGGGACCGUGGAGUCUGCAGCUACAAUUAAAAGCACUGCAUGUUAAGAGGCGAGCAGAACCUUCCUCCUGAGGGAAAGUGGUUUUGUACAUAAUGUAUUUUUUCACUUUUGGGGAUUCUUUUUGUAUAACUCCAAUAAAGAUUGUAGGCAACAGCUGA